AUGGAGAAAUUGCUGGCAUUAGCGACGAGUUUGUCUGCAAAGGAUGCAGACGGCGCCGAGGCGACGGCGGCGGCGCCGGUGACGACGACGCCGGGCGAAAAAAUCGACACCUCGGUGCUGGACCACAUUUUCGGUGCCAAUCCGGCCGAGGAGAUGAAGCAGGCCAUGGCUGCGAUUGAAGACCCUGAGGUGACCUUGGAGAACAAGGAGGUGGCCUUUGACAACCUGGAGAUGCUCGUGGAGCAGAUUGACAAUGCGAACAAUCUCGUCCCCCUCCAACUCUGGGAUCCUCUCUUGAAGCAGCUCCAAAACGAGGAGCCUUCGCUGCGUAAACUCGCUGCUUGGACAGUGGGUACGGCAGUCCAAAACAACCCCACAUCACAACAAGCACUCCUGGACCACAGCGGCUUGUCGAAGCUUUUCGACGCUCUUCGUGCGGAAACGGACGAUGAAGUCAAGAGCAAACUGCUGUAUGCGCUGUCCAACGAGUUAAAAUUCAACUACAAAGGUCUUGCUCGCUUAAACACGGUUCCCGAGGCCUGGAACACGUUGAUGCUGCUUUUGGAGGGCCAAAACUCGACCAUCGUCAAGCGCCUCGUGUUCUUCCUUUACGCCAUCUUGGCUCAGGAAGACGACAGCUCAAAAUUGUUGCUCGAGAAGUGCAACGAGUACGCUGUCGCCGACAAGGUGGUCCGUUUCAUCCUCCAACACCGUGAAAACGAGGAUUGCGUGGACAAGGGACUCCAAACGCUCUUCCUUUUGUUGGAGAAGAAGGCUCGGCUGACGACUGGUGAACAGUUGGCCGCCGAGUUGGCUGCCCUCAAGACUGAGUACGAACACAUUCUCACUGCCACUGCAUGGGAAACGUUGCAGGAGAUGUUAGCACGGAAGGAAUAA